CGACCGGCAGCCUUUGAAAACGUAGCGCGGCUGAUUCAAGAUGGCGGAGAUGGAACAGCUGCUGGACGAAAGUUCUUCAGCCAAAGCCCUCGUCAGUCUGAAAGAAGGAAGUUUAUCAAACACAUGGGGUGAAAAGCACGCCUCACCCAAGUCACAAACUUCAAAGGGAAGAUUAGAUUUUUCACCUGGGGAGAGUACACGAGGCUCGAAGAGGAGCCGUGCUGCUAUGUCUGAAGAGGAUGAAGGUCCAGUUGCCUCGAGGUCUCCGCGGAGGAGCCACAGAAUGACUGCUACGCCACAGAAAUUUGCUGAUCUUGCAGUCCCUGACAAAAAAGCAUCUCAGAAAAUUGGCCUGAGAUUAAGGAAUUUAUUGAAAUUGCCCAAGGCUCAUAAGUGGUGCAUAUAUGAGUGGUUCUAUUCAAACAUCGAUGGACCGUUGUUCGAGGGAGACAAUGACUUCUGCCUCUGCUUGAAAGAGUCAUUCCCGGCCCUGAAAAUGCAGAAGCUAACGCGAGUUGAAUGGGGAACAAUCAGAAGAUUGAUGGGAAAACCUAGAAGGUGCUCGUCGGCGUUCUUUGCUGAGGAGCGUUCAGCACUGGAACAGAAGAGGCAGAAGAUCCGGCUGCUGCAGCAGAGGAAGCUGACAGACACGUCCCAAUGCAAAGACCUUCCCGAGGAGAUCCCCCUGCCUUUAGUCAUAGGAACCAAAGUCACAGCUCGCCUGAGAGGAGUACAUGAUGGCUUAUUUACUGGCCAGAUUGAUGCAGUGGACACGAGCGCAGCAACGUACAGAGUCACAUUCGACAGGAAAGGCUUAGGAACGCACACAGUUCCUGACUAUGAAAUUCUUAGCCAUGACCCUGGGGAGACGAUGCCCCUGUCUGCCUUUGCCCAGAAGCAGCGGCCAGCUCGCCUCCACACCUUCCUCGCUCCAGCACCCACACUGGACACGUACUCCUCAUCAUCAACCCCAUCUGCACUCAUGGAUAACGACCCUUUGCUCGGCCAGUCACCGUGGAAGAGCACUCUGAUGACGUCAGAGGGGGAAACUCUUGGUGGCUUUCCGGUCAACUUUCUUGUACAAGUUACACGAUUAUCAAAGAUCCUCAUGGUGAAGAAGGAGCACAUUAAGCAACUGAAGGAGAUGAACGCUGAAGCAGAAAAGCUGAGAUCGUAUGCCAUGCCGAUAGAAUAUGAGUUCCAAAGGAGAUAUGCCAACACUGUGUUGGAUCUGGAACAGCUCAACAAAGACCUCAAUAAGGUGCUGCACGAAGUGCAGCAGUAUUGCUAUAAGCUGGCGCCCGAGCAGGGCCUUCCGCCUGCUGAGGAGGCGGUGGAUGCCAGGCAAAGGUGCGAAGAGGAGGCCCAGAAAAUCGUCAGCCAGGCCAACGACCUGCCCAACGGCCAGCAAUGUGUCAACAGCCCCAAGCUCACCCAGCUCAUCUCCAACCUCACCACCCUGCUGCUCCAGAUCAAGUGUUUGGCUGAGGGAGGGGACCUGAAUUCUUUUGGGUUCAAAUCAUUGACUGAUUCGCUGAAUGACAUCAAGAAGUCAAUUGAUAGUUCCAAUGCCAGUUGCUUUCAGAACAACGUGGAGAUCCAUGUGGCGCACAUCCAGAGUGGUCUGAGCCAGCUCGGGAACCUGCGCGCUUUUGCAGCCAACAACACCCACUGCAAUUAAGCUUCACCGGUUUCAGUACAGUACACAUCUUGUCCAUACCUGUACUCAUCCUCAGACUGCAGAACACAAUACCUUGGACAGCUAAGAAGUGCUCUUUCAAACAGUUCAGAGAACUCUUAAUGGGUUGUUGUUGUUGUUGUUGCUGUUGUUUUUUUUGUUGUCCUUUUGUUUGUUUGUGUUUGUCUUGGUGUGGAAGCGAUCAGGGUUGGUUUGGUUUUAGCCCCUUAUAAAGGUUACAUCAGAUUGUAAAGAAUUAAACCUGUCCCUAUUCGCUUCCUCUUUUUUGCUCUUGGUCCAGCCGUGUCAACCUUUUUGAACAUUUUUAGUGUAAAUUUCCAAAGCUAUACCGUAAGUGCAAAUGGUCUGCAUAGCUAUCCCUGUGCUUGUUAUUGCAUCAUUUUAAGGGCGUCUUUUUCCUCCAACCUAAUGGAAUUGAAGGGUGUUGUGGUGGUGUUGGAUUUUUUUGUUGUUUUUUUUUUUUUUACUCAGCGGCUUGGUUUGGGUAUGGGUAACCUUUACAUAGAUGGUGCAGGCUCAAAUAGACACGUUAAGUUAUGCACAUAUUUGUACUGCACAACAAUGUUAAGUGCAGUCAUUUAUGUUUCUCAUGAGAUUUUAAGUUUUCCUCCUUUUUUCCAUUUACAUGUGUAAGCUUAGAGGUUUUUAAAAUGUUAUGGCGCCUCUAUAAAUCUGUUUUCAUUCAUGAUAUUUUGUGACACUUAAAAUGAGUGAUUUUCAAACAGAAAAACAGAUACGAUUAACAGCCUUAACUCUAAGUGCUAUUUUUGUAGGCUACUUUGUGUGUGUAAAGUGAAAGUAUUUAUGAUCUCUGGUGAACAGAGAAGGAUGUGAUUUGUAAAUACUGAAAUGAUUUUAUCACGACUCUUUGUAUAGUUAUUCUCACUAUUCUUUAAAUAUCUGUUGGUAAAUGCAGAUAUCUGCCUUCAGUGGUGACACUUAUGAUUUCCUCAAAUUAUAAAGUAUUUAUGAUUGUAUUUUAUUGCGUAAAUGCAGCGUCGGUUCACACGGAGAGGUCUGGGGUGCAUGAUUUCACUAUGCAAAUCAGCUUUUGAAAAAAUGUUUAUUAAUAUAAGAGAAUAAAAUGCUUUCCUCCA